UCGUUGAAUGACUCUCUAGCUACUGAAAGUGAUGUCUGGGGAAAAGGCCGACGGAGAGGAAGGCGCAACCGGGGAAGUUGGUGUUUUCCUUGGCAAGUACAGGGGCGGCAAGAAACGACGGGGCGGAAUUUUGGCGCGACGCGACUUGGACGUUCACGCGCCUCGAGCAGCAGCCUUCACCACCGCCAAGAUCGACCCCAUUCACCUAUCAUGACCACUAUGACGUACCUGCAAUAACGUACCUCGAACGGAGAUCUCCUCAUAGCCUCAAAGCGCCCCGAUUCCCGCCAUGGAGGAUGCUCCACGCUCCUCCAAACGGAGGAAGGUCGAUACGCCGAAGCGCAUUGUGUCCAGCCCGUUGGCAAAGAGUACGGCAAAAAGGGCCUCUGGAAGGCUUGCGACCCGGUCCGUAUCGUACAACCAAGGGGCUGCUGUUUCGGAUCUCGAAGAGGAACCUACAUCUAGGCGCAGAAGUCGGCCCCUCAAGCCUGUAAAGAACAGCACCGCUGGGAAGCAUGCAGCUGUCGAGGAUAUAGACAUAUACGAUGACAUUGAGGGAGCUUUGACUGUGGACAUUUCAUCUCGAAAAACGCAGCGGCGGCAGCAGACGGCCUCGAGAGAAGAUACUGCGAGUACAGGAGAAGCGACGGACGAGCUGCAGCAAGUCGCUACAACACAGAAGCGUGCGAUUGCCCGGCCUACGAAGGCCAAAACCACAAAACAGAGUGCGAGAGAGAGCGGUACACCUGCUACGUCGGCACGCAAAGCAGCUGCUCCGCGGUCCAGCGGCCGAAAGAAGAGGGAGCAAGCUCCAGCCGUCGAGGUUGACGAAGAAACGGACGAACCACAGAAUGCUACCAACAGUACCAUUGCGGUAAAGAAACAACCCCCCAGGAAAACUCCUGCUAGCACACGGAAAAGAGCUACACUCAAAGACGAAGAAUUGCCUGUAGCAACGCGCUCAAAACUAUCCAAGCGGCGAAAACCUAUAGACGAGCAUACCGAAGUUCCAGAGACGGAGGACGAGCUCGGUGAGUCGGUGCCUCCAAGUAGCAAAAGACUGAUCACAAGCACAAGGCGACGCCUGAAUCGCACGGAUCAUAUCAGCAAUCAAGACGAAGAGCACUGGUCUGAUGCUGAAGAGCCAGCCAAUGGGCAUAGUGAAGAUGACCUGGAAGUCGAUGGUAACAGUGUCUUGGGUAGUGUCUUAGACCCCACCGAGCCAAGUCCCUUUAACAAACCUUCUUCGGUCCAAAAAGAGAAGGUUGCGCCCCCGCUCAUCUAUGGCAACCUGGUAGCAGGUCGAGAACUGGACCUGCUCAAGACCAUUGUCAUGGAACGCAUCAUGGGCAAGCGCCCCUCUCCGCUAGUUGGCCUGGACGAUGAGUACAAGUCGGUGUACCAGCUCGUUGAGCAUACCAUCACGGCUGGUGAAGGCAACUCGAUGCUUGUCAUCGGGGCACGAGGCAGCGGGAAGACCGCGCUUGUGCAAAGGGUCUUGUCUGAAGUUGCCAAGGACAACGGCGGGGAGUACCAUGUCGUUCGACUAAAUGGCUUCAUUCACACCGAUGACAAGAUUGCGCUUCGCGACAUAUGGCGUCAACUAGGCAGGGAGAUGGAGAUUGAAGAAGACGGCAGUGGACCAGGGAAGAAUUACGCCGACACUCUGACCACACUUUUGGCCUUGUUGUCCCAUCCUUCCGAGCAAACAGGCGAGCUCACCGAUCAAGUCGCGAAAGCAGUCAUUUUUGUCAUGGACGAAUUCGACCUUUUCGCCCAGCACCCGCGCCAGACACUGCUCUACAAUCUCUUCGACAUCGCGCAGUCUAGGAAAGCUCCCAUCGCGGUGCUUGGGCUUACCACGCGUAUAGAUGUGACGAACAGUCUCGAAAAACGUGUCAAGAGUCGCUUCAGCCAUCGCUACGUGCACCUCAGUCUAGCAAAAACUUUCACUGCGUUCCAGGAGAUUAGCAAAGCUUGUUUGACUGUGCAGCCGGAUCAGCUCAGUGUUGAAGAGAGGGGUAUACUAGAGGGUGGCUCAAAGAGUACUCCGGCGAAGAAAGGGAAAAGGAGCGUGAACCAAGACAUUCUGGCGGAGUGGAACGCCAAUAUCGAUAAACUUUUCGCAUCCCCAUCCUUCCUAACAACCCAUCUGGCACCUACUUUCUACCGCACAAAAUCUAUCCCCUCGGUUCUAACUUCCUUCCUCCUCCCCACCGCUUCUCUAUCUGCAGACACCCCUUUUCAGCCUGUCAACCUACUCAGUCCGCCAGAUUCCAAACUCACCCUGAUACCACACCUCUCCACCCUCGCGCUCUCGCUGCUGAUCGCCGCUGCCCGCCUAGACAUCAUCCACGACUCCGAUACAUGCAAUUUCAACAUGACAUACGACGAAUACGUCACACUGGCUUCCAAAGCUCGUAUCCAAUCUGCAGCUGGCGGCCUGUCUUCAAGCAGUAGCACAAGCAAAGUCUGGGGCAAAGACGUAGCGAAAAAGGAAUGGGACGGACUCGUUGAACUGGGGUUAGUGAUGCCGGUGAUCGCGGGGCAGGUGGGUGGGUUUGGAAUGAUCAAGUGUGAUGUUGCCUUGGAGGAGAUUGGCGAGGUUUUGAAGAGGGAGAAGGGUGUGGAUAAGGGGUUGGAGAGGUGGUGCCGGAGUCUCUGAGGGAGUGGUACUGGGUCUGCGUUUAUGGUUGUCUUGGACUUUUUGGGAGGUGUGUGCAUAGUGAGUGAUCGGUCAUGGUGUCCUGUUGGAUGCCGGUGCGUGCAUAUUGUAUAUGGGACAUACAUAGCUAACGGCGCAUUGUUACACGGUAUAGAUAUGGCAUUGUUGGAAGGGCUGAUAUAUUCCUUCUCUCACGUAUCCUUCAUACUCCAAUGCAUACCCCUGUCGACAAUUCGCGACCGGUUGUGCACUCUAAAUCUCCCAAGCACAUGUUAAUAUGUACCUGUAUGUGUUCAAAUGCGUUCGU